CACAUGAAGGGGUAAUCUCGGAAAAUAGCAAUUUAUAUAUUUAUAUUCAAGCCCCUCCCUUUUCUCGCAGCAGAAAAGCAAAGAAGAGUCAAACGCUCUCCCUUCACCAUCUCUCUCUCUCUCUCUCUCGACGAUUCCUUAUCUCCCUGUCUAAGAUAACCCUGGGUUUUGCACAGUUUACAUGCAAUUUGAGGAGAUUGGAAGAGAUAGGACAGCAAAAACGAGCAGUGAUUCUUUGCUUAUCGAAUCGUUGGGAUAUAGUUUGCUACUUCGCCAUUCUAGUUGAUUUGAAAAAUGGAAGUCAUGUAGAUAGGAAAAGUUCAAGCGAAAUUGUAGUUCUCAACUGCAUUUGUCAGACGCAUGUGACUUGUAAGGGACACCUACCAUCUGGAUUGAUUAGUGUAAGAUAGUCUCGGGUUUUGGAUGCUUAAACGGCUUCACAUAUAUCUAUAUCUAUGGUUAUGUUGGUCGUGAGGUCAAAUCCCCAAUUUCAAGAUAAUGUAUUGAGAGAUGCUGGUGAUUUAUCGUGACGAUUGAGAUUUUGCUUCGCACAUUGCUUAUCGGCUGCUCUUCUAGAUUAUAUUGGGUUAUUUUGCUUCAAUGACGCAUGGCAGUAUGCCGUUGAUUGUAGGUAGAAAUGCAAAGGUAUCCUGUUGCCAGCUGUAGUGGUGGAGUUAGUAACAAUGCAGUUGGUGGGACAUCUUCUAGGGACACUUCCAGAGCGGAUUCUUCUUUCUCAUCAUCAAACUUCGCACUGAAUUCAAGGCGGCAAUCGCAGCUAACAUCAUACAAGCUUAAGUGUGAUAAAGAACCUCUAAGUUCGCGGCUUGGGCCACCUGAUUUUUACCCCCAAACUCCAAAUUGUUCCGAAGAGACGCUGACCAAGGAAUACGUGCAAGUUGGAUACAGGGAGACUGUUGAUGGAAUUGCGGAAUCUAGAGAGACUGAAUUAACCCAGACCACUGGAUCUCUUACAAAGCCUCUUAUUGGCAAAUGCAAAGAGGCAAUUCGUAAACGUCUCAGGGCUAUCAAUGACUCUCGGGCUCAAAAGCGCAAGGCUGGUCAGGUGUAUGGGGCGCCACUCUCAGGACCACUAUUAACAAAACCUGGUGUUUUUCCCGAACAAAGGCCGUGUGGUGAAGAUUUUCGGAAGAAAUGGAUUGAGGGUUUGUCUCAGCAACAUAAGCGAUUGCGUUCUUUGGCUGAUCACGUCCCUCAUGGUUAUAGGAGGAAAUCUUUGUUUGAAGUUCUUAUCAGGCAUAAUGUUCCAUUGCUGAGAGCAACGUGGUUUAUCAAAGUCACUUAUCUUAAUCAGGUGGGUGAUAUUCUUAAGCCACAUAAGGUUCGGCCUGCCUCUACCAGUGUUUCUUCUGGGACACCAGACAAAUUGCAGUUAGCCCGCACUGAACUAUGGACAAAGGAUGUUAUUGACUACUUGCAGCAUCUCUUGGACGAAUUCCUUUCUAAAGAUGGCUCUCUUUCGAUUCCACAUAGUAGGGAUCAAACGCCUCAAACACUUCUGGCUGGUAAUGAGGAGCCUGCCCUGCAGUUCAAAUGGUGGUACAUGGUGCGCAUUUUACAAUGGCAUCAUGCAGAAGGGCUUCUUCCUUCUUCUCAUAUCAUUGAGUGGGUUCUCAAUCAACUUCAGGAAAAGGAGUCACUUGGGGCUUUACAGUUACUUUUGCCUAUUGUAUUUGAUGUAAUAGAGCAUAUAUUACUAUCACAGACAUACGUACGGAUGCUCGUGGACAUUGCUGUUCGUUCCAUACAGGAUCUUUCCCGAGUCAGUUCAGAUGUAGAUAAUUCUCGAAGGCCCUAUAUAGCCUCUGCUUUGGUUGAGAUUCUGAGAUAUUUGAUACUGGCUGUACCUGAUACCUUUGUUGCCUUGGAUUGCUUUCCUCUGCCACCUUGUGUAGUUCCUGAUGCAAUGAAUGGGAGACAGUUCUUAUUGACGGAUGUUGAAAAGGUUCAAUAUGGUCCUCGAGAACUUGUCAACUUGUACAAUGGCAAAGGACAAGAUGCUUAUCAUCGGUACUUGUCCUUCGGAUAUGUUGUUUCUUCUGUUCAAAAACGCACCGCUAAUCUUGCAAUGGCUGUAACUCCUGGCCUUCAGGGACAUGGUGUGACUAAGGCUGUACAGGCCUUGGACAAAUCUCUGAUCCUGGGGGAUGUCAGAGGUGCUUAUAACUGUCUGUUUGAAAAUUUUUGUGAUGGAAGUGUUGAAGAAGGUUGGGUUGCAGAAGUCAGUCCAUGCUUGCGAUCAUCCUUGAAGUGGAUUGGGGCAGUCAGCCUACCUGUGAUUUGCUCAGUGUUUCUCCUUUGUGAGUGGGCAACAUGUGAUUUUAGAAACUGUCGCACUGCACUACCUCAUGAUCUGAAAUUCACUGGUAGAAAAGAUUUUUGUCAAGUUUAUAUUGCAGUUCAACUUUUGAAGAUGAGGAUGGAGGACAUGCAUGGCUCAUCGAAGGGGAAGAAGGGCAGUCCUUUGGUGGCCAAUGCACUUGCAAAAGGAUUCUCUUUGCAUGAUAGUUUUUCAGGAGCUGUUGAUGAUGUUUCUGUGCUUGGAGAUAGUUUGAAAAGUUUAGAUGAAAGUGAGGAGACGUUAGAUAUUCUUCAGAGUCCGGGUCCAUUGCAUGAUAUUGUGGUGUGCUGGCUAGAUCAGCAUGAAGCGAGUAAAGGUGAAGGUUUUAAGAGACUUCAGAUGCUUGUUAUGGAACUUAUUCGUUUUGGCAUCUUUUAUCCUCAGGCCUAUGUAAGGCAGCUGAUUGUUAGUGGGAUUAUGGAUAGGAAUGAAUCUACAAUGGAAAUGGACAGGCGAAACAGACACCAUCGAAUCCUGAAGCACCUUCCAGGCCCUUGUUUGCACGAUGCUUUGAAAGAAGCAAGAAUUGCUGAAACCACACUACUAGUUGAGGCGAUGCGUGUUUACUCAAAUGAACGUCGCCUUGUUCUUCAUGGACUUCUUAGUCAAAAUUCUGGUCAUUUGAAAACUGUAAAUGGCAGUGUAUUGAAUUUUUCUAUGCAAAAACCUAAGGACAACUCAACUGCUGGAAGGGAUGGUGCCUUGCACACUUCCCUGAAUCACUUGAAAAAUAAUUGUGUGGCAUGCAGUCCUUUGUCUACAAAACAAGCCAAGACAGUAACCAGAGUUGCAGAGCUCAAGGCUGCCAUUUCUGUUCUGUUGCAUCUCCCAAAUUCUGGUUCGACAUUGACUGAAACACAAUCUGAUGAAUCCCAAGGGAGUCUUAAGAGGCCUAUUGGGUCUCUUGUUAGCAGGACUGAUUUGACAGAAGGAACUCCUGGCUGUGAAGAAUGUAAAAGAUCAAAGAGGCAAAAGUCAAGUGAGGAAAGGAACUCCCAUCUUCUAGGGUUUUCAUCAAAUGCAUCAGACGACGAAGACAUGUGGUGGGUGAGGAAGGGACCUAAACCCCUGGAGUCAUUCAAGGUUGAUCCACCGCUUAGGGCAACCAAGCAGUCAUCCCGAGGUAGGCAAAAAAUUGUGCGUAAAACUCAAAGUUUAGCACAGUUGGCAGCUGCUAGGAUUGAGGGUAGUCAGGGAGCAUCCACUAGCCAUGUAUGCGAUAGCAAAGUAAACUGUCCCCAUCACGGAACUGGUAUGGAAGGAGAAAUUCCAAAAUCAGUGGAUGGGAUCCGAGCAUCACACCUCAGUGAUAUUGUUACGAUUGGGAAGGCUUUAAAACAGUUGCGGUUGCUCGAGAAGAGAUCCGUCACACUCUGGUUAAUAACUUCAAUCAGGCAGAUUGUAGAAGGGAAUGAAAAGGCUGCUGCUAUGGCAGGACAAUGCACGGGGCCCUUUUCUCCUCCAAAAGAUGACAGAAGUGUUGUACGAUGGAAGCUUGGUGAAGAUGAGUUGUCCUGCAUACUGUACUUGUUGGAUGUUUCUUCUGAUUUAUUCUCAGCAGUGAAGUUUCUGCUAUGGUUGUUACCAAGGGCCCGCAGUGGUUCAAGCUCUACUAUUCAUAGUGGGAGAAACAUUUUGGUGCUGCCCAAGAACACAGAAAGCCAUGCAUGUGAAUUGGGGGAGGCAUUUCUGUUAUCUUCCAUUCGGAGGUAUGAGAAUGUACUAAUAGCAAUGGAUCUUCUUCCUGAAGCCCUGGCUGCUGCCAUGCUUCGAUCUAUGGCAGUGAUGACAUCUAAUGGUAGGGCUUCUGGUUCAGUGGCCUUUGUUUAUGCUAAACACUUGUUGAAGAAAUUUGGCAGCAUAGCUAGUGUGGCUAAAUGGGAGAAGAGUUUUAAAGCAACAUGUGAUCAGAGACUGCUUUCUGAACUUGAAACUGCACGCCCGCUGGACAGUGAGUUAGGAUAUUCACUUGUUGGGGUCCCAGUUGCAAUGGAAGAUGUUGAUGACUACCUCCGUCAAAAGAUAAGUGGGAGGUUAUUGAGGCCAGCGGGUCCAACCAUGAAAGAAAUAGUGCAAAGGCACAUCGAGGAAGCCAUGCGCUAUUUCCAUGGCAAAGAAAGAAAGCCUUUUGCAACAACUACUCCAAGAGUUUCUGCUGUAGAAAAAUGGGAUGAUGGAUUUCAGAUAGCUCAACAGAUUGUUUUGGGCCUAGUGGACUGCAUUAGGCAGAAUGGUGGUUCAGCUCAAGAAGUGGAUCCUUCUGUUGUGGGUUCUGCCGUUUCUGCAAUUGUCAGCAACGUUGUUCCAGCAAUAUCGAAAAUGCCGGAUUUUUUAGCUGGCAGUAAUUACCCAAGCUUGUCUUCAACUACAAAUUCCUUGAUUUUUGCUCGGCGCAUUAUACACAUCCAUAUAACCUGCCUCUGCUUACUCAAGGAAGCUCUAGGAGAGCGUCAGAGCCGGGUCUUUGAGAUAGCUCUUGCAACCGAAGCUUCUUCUGCCGUUUCUGCAGCUGUAGCUUCUGCAAAGGCUCCUCGCAGUCAGUUCCAACUGUCUCCUGAAACCCAUGAUUCCAAUUCGAACAUGUCCAAUGAAAUUUUGAACAACUCUGCUAAAGUAUUUCUCGGAAGGGCUGCAAAAGCUGCAGCAGCUGUGUCUGCACUUGUAAUUGGGGCAGUUGUUCAUGGAGUUGCUACUCUGGAGAGAAUGGUUACUGUGUUCAGAUUAAAGGAAGGCUUGGAUAUACUGCCGUUUGUAAGGACAGCAAGAUCCGGUUCAAAUGGGAUUUCUCGUUCUGUUGGGGGUUAUAAGGUGGACAAUAGCACUGAAGUGUCUGCUCACUGGUUUAGGCUGCUCAUUGGUAACUGCAGAACAGUUUGUGACGGCUUAGUUGUGGAGCUCCUUGGUGAAUCAUAUGCGUUGGCUGUUUCAAGGAUGCAGCAGACACUUCCUCUUAACUUGGUCUUCCCUCCUGCCUAUUCAAUCUUUGCGAUGGUGAUUUGGAGGCCGUACAUUGUCAACAGUAACAUUGCAGCCCGUGAAGACAUCCAAAUGUAUCAAUCUCUAUCAUCAUCAAUAGGCGAUGCUAUCAGACACCAGCCAUUUCGGGAUGUAUGCCUACGGGACACUUGUGCACUUUAUGAUCUUCUGGCUUCUGAUACUGGUGAUUCUGAGUUUGCAGCCAUGCUAGAAUUACAUAGUCCAGACAAACAUUUGAAAACAAUGGCAUUUGUUCCUCUACGGGCGAGGCUGUUUCUAAAUGCCAUUCUUGAUUGUAAGAUGCCCCAGUCAUUGCAGGAUAAUGGGACUUGGGCUCCUGGGCAUGGUGAAUCAAAGGCAUAUGCCGAAAACGAGAUGAAGCUUCUGGAUCAACUUGUACAUGUUUUAGAUACCUUGCAGCCAGCAAAAUUUCAUUGGCAGUGGGUUGAGUUGAGGCUUCUCUUGAACGAACAGGUUCUUAUUGAGAAAGUCGAGUCCCAGAAUAUGUCAUUAGUAGAGGCGAUUCGAUCUCUUUCACCAAAUUCUGAUAAUUUUGUGCUUGCCGAUAAUGAAAGCAAUUUUACUGAAAUUGUUCUGACGAGAUUACUUGUCAGGCCUGAUGCAGCCCGUCUCUAUUCGGAAGUUGUUCAUCAACUUGGAAGGUCAUUUGAGGAGUCACUGUUGUUGCAUGCAAAGUGGUUCUUAGGAGGCAGUGAUCUCCUUUUGGGUCGCAAGUCUAUUAGGCAACGGCUUCUCAAUGUCGCUCAGCUCAGAGGCCUUUCAACUAAACCCCAGUUUUCGAAACCAUGGGGCUGGUCAAGUUGCAUUGCAGACCAAGCAGGAAACAGAGGUGUGAAGAGGAAGAUGGAGGCUGCAUCUCUUGAAGAAGGCGAAGUUGUGGAAGAAGGCAUGGAUGUAAAAAGGUCAGGGAAAGUGAUGUCUCAAAUGGCUGAUGAACAGUAUGUUACUGAGAAAGCUCUUGCAGAAUUAGUUUUUCCAUGCAUAGAUCGGAGCUCCAAUGAAUCUCGAAAUACAUUUGCAAACGACUUGAUCAAGCAGAUGAGCCUCAUCGAGCAACAAGUAAAUACAGUCAUUCGUGGUGCGAAUAAGCAGGCAGGUUCAGUUCCUUCUGUCGGUGAAGGUGCUGCAAACAAAGGAAACACUCGCAAAGGUAUGAGAGGUGGAAGCCCUGGUUUGGGUAGAAGACCUACAACGCCUGCUGAUUCUUCACCACCUUCUGCAGCGGCAUUGCGGGCUUCCAUGUGGUUGCGGUUGCAGUUCCUUUUGAGAUUACUUCCAAUAAUCUGUGCAGACAGGGAACCAUCUGGUCGGAACAUGAGGCACAUGCUUGCCUCAAUUUUGCUUCGCCUUCUCGGGACGAGGGUCGUGCACGAGGAUGCGGACCUGCCUUGUUUUCCUGUGCAGAGGAUUUCUCCGUCCAAAAGGGAAGUGGAGCUGCCAUCGGCGUCAUUUGACCUAUCUGGCGACAGCCUCUUCGAUAGGUUUUUGUGUGUCCUGCAUGGGUUGCUUAGCAGUUGCAAGCCAAGUUGGCUGAAGCCCAAGUCUGCCUCCAAGUCGACUGGCAAAUCUUCUCGGGAUUUUGGCAUGUUUGAUCGUGAGGUGGCGGAGAGUUUGCAGGCUGACUUGGAUCGUAUGCAAUUGCCUGCGAUCAUCCGGCGGCGUCUCCAAUCUGCAAUGCCGGUGCUUCCUGCUUCUGCUCUCCCUACCAUUUCUUGCCAGCCCCCAACGGUAUCCACCACAGCUGUUUCUUCACUGCAAUCCAACAUAUCGGGUCCUGGAUUCCAGCAAGGGAAUACAAACCUGCCCCAAAGAAGUCCCAUCCCAUCUGGCCGUGCCACUACUAACGUUUCCAUGAAAAGCAAGCCAUUGCCCUUGCAGGUGCAGGAUCCAGACAUGGAAAUCGACCCAUGGAUGCUGUUAGAAGAUGGGACAGGGUCUGCACCUCCUUCAGGCAACAGCAACAUGGGCGUUGGUGACCACACCAAUCUGACAGCCUGCAGCUGGCUCAAAGGGACUGUGAGAGUUAGAAGAACAGAUCUCACUUACAUUGGGCCUGUGGAUGAUGAUAGCUGAUACUUCUACAAUCAUUCAUUUGGCACAAACGGGCCCACUUGACAGGUAUGGAUGCUGUUUUUCUUUUGCCUCGAUGGCGUUGAUUCGCUGUUGGGUGGCGCUAUUUUUUCCCAGGAGAAUGUCUCAGAUUACAUUUCUCCAGCCAAACGGGCAUCAGAUGUGGUUGGCAACUAACCCUAAGAUACCGCCCACUUGAUGCCCCAUAUGCCUCCACCAGUGCAGUUCGGGAGGCUGUUGUAUAUAUAGAGAUAUUGUUUAAUUUUCCACUGUUGAGAUGAGUAAAAUGUCAGGAGGAAUGGUCUCUGGAGCUGUUUUGAGCUUACAAUCCCUACACACCCUGCAUUGGUAAGAUUCUCUCAUGCAUACAUAUGCAUGCAUGCAUGUGUUAGUGUUGUAUUUUUUUGUACUUAUCUGCAUGCAGUGGGGUGUAGCUGUAGCUGUACUGAUUGCAAUUGAGGAAAAUUGAAUCCACUGAAUUGUACAAGGGAAACAUUCAAGUUGGGAAAACUUAGAUGAUGAAAGCUUGUAAAUUCUUUUUCA